AUAGCUCAAGAUAUUCAGUUUAGGUAAUUCAUCAUGUUAUUUCUCCCUUCUUCUUCUUCUUCUUCCUCCUCGCUUAUUAAAACAACUGCCCAGAUUGUUUCGUGAUACCAUUUUCCAUUUGAGAUGUAUGUAGCCAGCGUUAAGAGCCCGUUAUACAUCACCUAAGCUCACUCUCGGUACAAUCUGUCGUUAGUGACCUUUCUCGACUCCAACAACCACUAUGCGAUAGUUCUCGAAUACACAUUAAGCGCAUUCAGCAUCGGCCAGCUGUUCUGCAUCCGCGCUUCCCACUCGUCCCGCCCUCCCUCAAACUCUCACGAACCCCCCGAAUCCUAAACCUCGACCUCCAGAAAUCUAGACACUAUCGUCGUCAUGGACCAAGCGGAGAUACCGGCGCUUCUAGCCCGGCUAGCCAGCGACGAAGACGCUUCCCGAAAGAUGGCUGUGUUCAAGCUGCAGUCAUCUAUCAACGAUCCCUCCUUUGCCGAUGUCUUCAUAUCCUCGGGCGGUCUGAUCAUAUUGCGACGCCUCAUCAUGAAUUCUGGCGGUAAUACUCUCGCCUACUCGUUACAGAGUCUAAGCCGCCUGCUUGAGGUCGAUAUGGGCUGGGAGAUAUUCGAUAGCCCCACCUCCGGUGAUCUUGUAGAUCGCAUUGUCGAGCUCGUCGUGUCGAACCCCCUCGUCAAUAUCCUACGAGGCGCAAUGUCAAUCCUCGUUGCGCUUGUCGGUCAUUCGUCUCCAGAACCUACGGCAACCCCCGGCACCUUUGGUUUUCGCGCAUUGCGACCAGCUAUCGCCGUCUACCCCCAAUUUUUCGACCUCGUAGUCCAGAAGCUGCAGUCCGCUGAUCACGCGUUAUGCGCGACGACCCUCUCGCUUAUCAAUGCCCUUAUUCGGGAUGCCGUCACGAAUGAAGAAACCAACAAAGGCAAUACAACAUCCAGUGGGACGGGGGAGGAAUGGCCCAAGUUUAUCAAAAGGCUGCAAGAUCUCGGUUUGAUUAAAUCGGUUUAUACUCUGAUGCAGAGUGCUGCUCUUCAAGACCUGGCCCACCCACUAUUAGAGUUUCAGUGCCUUACUAAGGUGUUGCUCAAAAAGUGGAGGAAGGUCAGGGUUGAUCUCGAAAGGCCAGAGCACCGACGCGCAUUAAAAGGCAUUCAUCUAGCAAGUGCGCCAAGCAAGGAGCACCUCAACGGGACAAGCGAUGGGAAGCCCGAUGAGACACCUGAAGUUGGCAAGAAGGGGAGCAGAAAGCAUCACCCGGAGAAAUGGAGGAGACUAGGUUUUGAGUCGGAGAGCCCAUCAUCCGAAUUUCAGAGUGCCGGUUUUCUCGGCAUGAUGGACCUUACGGAUUACGUGCGAAAGAAUGAGGAUGGCUUUCAGAAGUUGCUCCUUGAGCAGUCUACGCGACCUCUACAUGAGCGAUGCCCUGUUGCUCGGGCUAGCAUGGCCGUGACUCUUACCCUGUUUGAACACUUUGACUGUAGCACCGCAGAUAUUGAAGAUACUAGAGUGCUAUUCCAAGUUGUCGAGGCAGAACAACAAGACAAGAUGUUCCAACCACUACUUCUGCAAUGGUCUCGACUUCAUACUGCCGGUCUUCAAGCGUUUUUCAGGCUGUGGAAAGCCACAGGCGCAGAGCAGAACGAUUUCGAAAAGGUUGUAGAACUAGUCCGGAUUCUGAUAGAUCGGGUUGUUGGGCAGGCAGGCCGACACAAAGAUGUCGUAGAAAUCGAGGAAGAGCUCUCGGAAUAUGACUUGGCAGCUCUCCGUAAAUUACAGAUGGAUCUCCUUAGCCUAUCCUUUGAAGACCAGUGGGGCGAUCUUUUCAGCGGCGCGCGUCGGAGCCUCAAGCAGGAGGCUCUCGACUUCGUGAAAGAGCAGCGGGCUCGGUGCUUGCUGCAGGGGUCGUGGUUCUCUAAGCCCGCGCCACGUAAGGAGAGCAGGGGCGAGGAUUUGCAGAAAAGCCGCGCGACGCACGGCACUCUCUGGAGGUAUGCGAAACUAUCGCACAACAGACGGUAUCUCCACUGGGCAGAUUUCGGUCUCCGAACCGGUCAAGAGCCUGGGCUUGAUGCUCUUACUGAGAAGGUGGACUUGAGAACGAUAAGCUCGGUCGUGUCCAAUGUUUCCGAGCGAAAAGGUGAGGCAUCGUCGACAGAUCUUCCCGGGGCAAAGCAUUCGACCAAGAUUACCAUCUACGGCUUCACAAGCCCGGAAGAAGCGCAUAAGGGAGCGGAAGGGAAGGAAGAGCCCGUGCUUGUCCUGUAUCCUUUGAGCGAUAGUCUGGCGUCGGAGUGGCUUGACGGGCUGCUUAUGCUGCUCGAGCAGUCUCCGAUCACGGCAGAGACAAACAAGCUAGUCGACCUUGUCGUAGACUACGGCAUGAAGAUCAGAUUACUCAAGGUGCGAAUGGAGGCUACUUAUUCACCUCCCCCGCCAGAGGCAGGCGUCACGCCAAGCCGGGAUGGCUUAGAUGCCGAUUACUUCUAUGACAUCUGAGCCAGUGUGGUUCGUGCCUUGCUUACACUUUGAAUUGCAUUUCAAUCUUCAUGAAUCAGGACUGAGAAGAGGGAGGACAUGUAGUGUUUUGUUUGUUAUUUAUUUGUCGCAGAUAUACCCCCCCAACGUCAAGUUGGACGCACUCCACAGGCGCUAGUAGAAUACCUGUAUACAGCACUUGAUGAAUGAAGAAAUCUUUUAAUUUA